AUGGGUUUAGAUCAAAGGCCGAUUAUAGCCCUUAAUAUAGAAGGCAAAACGUUUCAAGGACUGCUGGACACAGGUGCAGACCGCAGCAUUAUUAGAGAGGGGGAUUGGCCGAAACGGUGGCCUCUUCAGCUAUCAUCUCAAACAUUACAGGGCCUGGGGUAUGCCAAUACACCAAAGGUCAGUGCUAAAGAAUUAACUUGGACAUAUGAAGAAGGCCAAAAGGGACUAUUUCAACCUUUCGUGCUUGAUCUCCCCAUUUCCUUAUGGGGGCGAGAUGUUUUGAGUCAGAUGAGAAUAAAACUUGUUACACAGUAUUCAGAUGUUAGUCAACAGUUAAUGCUACAGUCCGGAUAUGUUCCGGGCAAGGGACUAGGGAAGGGGCUUCAGGGCACCCCUGAAUCGAUUAUGCCUUCAAUGAGUCCUGGACGUCAAGGCCUGGGUUUUUCCUAG